ACUGACGUUUUAGAUUCGGGACACGAAUGUUUUGACGUUGCCCUAUAUAAUUGGUUGACGUAUUAUUAUGUUCAAGUAAAAUCAAAACAGUGAAGAGUGAAUAAAAAUCCAUUUCAUUUACGUCUAAAUGUGAAUAAUCAUGAGGUCCCUUAGUAUAUCAAUCAUAACUUUAGCUUUAACUUCAAUAGUUAUCGCCAAUGCAUACUAUCAAAAGAAACAAUUUUAUCCAUCUGUUGUAUACAUCACAAAAUCAAACCCUAGUAUGGCUGUAAUUUACAUCCAAGCUUUUAUCUGCGUGUGGAUAUGUGGGAAAAUCAUGAGGAGGAUUUUCUUCGGACAGCUAAGGACCACUGAAUUCGAGCAUUUGAUGGAGAGGUCUUGGUAUGCCAUAACAGAAACUUGCUUGGCAUUUACAGUUUUCCGAGAUGAUUUCAAUCCAAAAUUUGUUGCAUUGUUCACGUUAUUGUUAUUUCUAAAAUCAUUUCACUGGCUUGCAGAAGACAGGGUGGAUUAUAUGGAACGAAGCCCUGUUAUCAGCUUACUUUUCCAUGUCAGAGUACUAUCUCUGCUGCUUCUACUAGGCUCUCUCGACCUGCAUUUCAUCCAGCACGCCUACCUUUCGACUAUGUCCAAGGGGGCUUCGGUGCAGCUCGUUUUUGGCUUUGAGUACGCCAUCCUAAUCACGGUCGUCAUAAACAUAGCGAUAAAGUAUGCUCUUCACUCUGUGGACCUGAACAGCGAAACGCCUUGGGAUAACAAGGCCGUUUUUCUGCUGUACACGGAGCUGGUCAUGGGGUUCAUCAAAGUAAUUCUAUACAUCGCCUUCGUAGCGAUAAUGGUGAGGAUAUAUACUCUGCCGCUGUUUGCCUUCAGGCCGAUGUACUACACGAUCCGCAACUUCAAAAAGGCGUUCAGCGACGUUAUUUUGUCGAGGAGGGCGAUUCACAACAUGAACACUUUGUAUCCGGAUGCCACUAGUGAAGAACUCGAGGCUGCCGAUAACGUCUGCAUUAUUUGCCGCGAGGAAAUGACCACGGCGUCGAAGAAGCUACCCUGCAACCACAUUUUCCACACCGCUUGCCUCCGAUCGUGGUUCCAGAGGCAGCAGACCUGUCCGACUUGCCGGCUGAACAUUCUAAGGAAUCCUUUCAACAACAACACGGCUAAUCCCCAAAGGCAGCGACCGGUUCCACAGAACGUGCAGAAUGCCUUCGCGAAUCCCUUCUUCAUGGGGCAGAACCCCUUUCAGGUGUUCAACCAGCAGAACAUCGAAAACGUUCCGGUGCCCGAGCCGGCUAGGCCUCCGACCAGCUCUGCAGAUCCGAACGCAACCACUCAGCAGCCUCAAUCUAACGUUCCUCGGUUCAUGUUUCCGCCCUUCAGGUUCAUGCCGUUCUUACCUCCUCCCAUGCCGCCGCCAAAUUUUGCUACGCUGACGCCUGAAGAACUUCAGAGGAUGGAGGGGAACGAGAGGGAAAACGUCGAAGCUAGGAUUCAGUGUUUGAGGAAUAUACAGUUGCUCCUCGAUGCGGCAGUAGUAAUGAUGCAGCAGUACAGCACCACGGUGGCUCACUCAGCCCAGAUGCCCCCACCAACGACCUCGGCAACGCCCACUACCUCUCCCUCCAACAUAUUUCAGUCCAGCAACUCGACCAGCGUCCCUAAGGUGGCCAAAGUGGCCCCCACUACGAGCGCUGCGGCUAGUUCGUCGACUGAGAGCCCUGCAGAUAGCGGUUCGGAUAAGCCGAGCACUUCGAAAGCGGAGAUUCCACAGACGAGCGAAGUAGUCAGUCCCGAGGAGGAGAUACGGAGAAGGAGGCUUCAGAAAUUCGAACAGGCGACUGCUGCGCAAAAUCAGUAGAUUUUUACCACUUUUUUCGUUUUUAAUUACUGUGGACAGACUUGGAUUCAUACGUAGAACUGACCUUGAACUGUGGAUGUCGAUUCUAGGUUUGUCUUUGCGAAGGUAGGAUUCAAAAAGUGUGGAGCGAUUCAAACAUACUUUGUUUCGAUCGUAGCUUUGCCAAAUUUUGAGAAUAAAUAUGCUCGUUCCAGGGUCCAAAGUAGUUGGUAUUCUUUGGUUUCAUUUGUUCUCAAGACUGAUGUAUAAUUUGGAGUGAUGUGCAUUCUGAAUGAAUUUUGCAUUCCACAGUUUCAGAGGCAAUAACCUCUAGAGCUAUUCAAGGGAAAUUAAUGCAUGUUUGAUUAGCAAGUAAUAAAUAACAUUUGAGAAAUAUCAAUUAUCAAUUGUAAGUCGAACAUUCCAAUUUCCAAUAGACAUGUUCAUGCAGAAAAAUCCACAAAUAUCAAGCAAACAGUGACAAAAGUUGACUCGAUUAGCGAAACGCACGCUGAGAGACACUGCUUUGGGUCUGACGAGGGGAAAGUUUUUCAAAACAUUCAUUUCAUUUUGUAGGUUCGAAUUCUAGUUAUGAAAGGCUCGUAUGUUGUGCGAAUGAUCACCGAUUGGUCCAUUUUAGAACACAGACAGAAGGAAUGGAGGAUAAUAGUUUUCAAAUUUCAAAAUGUUGUUUUUUCUAUAUUUGGUGGAAUGGAAAUUCAUGAUGAUUGAUGACAUAAAAAAUGUGUGAAAUAUUUGGUCGAUUCACGAGUCUUUGUCUAAUUUGAUUGUCAUAUUCUGGAAAAUAUUUGAGUGGUGAGUUAAAAAUAUAUAAAGUCGAUAGAUUUCUUUCUUUUAUACUACUAUUUUACAACUAUUUUAUUGUGACUUUUUGAUUAGGAAUGCAAAAGCUAUCGUUUCAUCUGUGUGUUCCUUGGCAAUUGAUAAUUCAUAUCUUUACUCGUUACUUGCUAAAUGAAGGUGCAUAAACUCACCUUGACAUUUUUUUCUGGAGUAUUGAUUCGUAUUGUAGUGUAUUUUUUUGUAUGAUAGUAUUUAUUUUUAACGUUCCAUGUUCUCAAAACUGAAGAAAAACAACUUUAGGAUCAAAAAAUAAUCAAAAAUUUAAUUUACCCCGCUAUAUCAACAACUUUGCAUUCAUUUCCAAUAUCAACUGUCAAAUUUUAUUCAGUUUGUGAAAUGUUGAAUCAAAUCAAAAUCAUUGAUAUCGAGGAUUUCUAUAAAUAUAGUUGUUUUGUGCUAAUCGCAAGACGAGCACUUUUCCUAAUUACCAGAACUGCAAUACUUUUCCCGAUGAGCGUUUCACCAAACAAGUUGACGUCUUCAGGAGGUCUCGUCAUCUUCUGAAGACGCCAACUGGUGAUUGGAAAAAGUAUUUGUUUUGAAUUUAUUCUACGUCAGAGGUUGUAGUUUUUCCUUUUAUUUACUUAUUACGUACACCUUUAUAUUUUUCAACAGAUAUUUCAUCUUUGAAUCGAAAACUAUUCAAAUGAAAUAUCUGUCUGGACAUACUAUUUUAUUGAUUUGUUUGAAUGGUUCCACAUUUUUUGAACACUUUUCUCAUUGUUUAUUAUAAGAUUACUAUGGAUUCAUAUAUUCCUAUGCUUUUUUUGUGUUAAUUUUUUGUUAUUUGAUAAUUUAUUUUCUGUUGUUUAUGAAAUUAUAUACGUCACCUUCAUAAGACUAAGAUGCAAAAAUGUACCAAUAAAUUUAAGAGAAAGUGUU